AAAAGCUGUUAACGAGCUGAUGCCCGCGGUACCAUUCAACUCUUGGGUUGCGUUGAUUUGGUUGGCUGUCUUGAGAUAUUGUCGUAACUGUGCUGAGACAAUUCCGCACACUUGCCGUUAGGAUGAGGCAAUUAGCCACAGGAAUAUUACUCGCGGCUACCAUUGCGAGCGGAGUCGUUGCUGACACUUGUCUGUGUGAUUUAGAGGUUCUGGACAUGGCUACCAGUGCAGUGGAUGAUCAGUACCUGACCUGUGUGAACCGGAUGAUGGAGAACGUCACCAGCAAGGAGGGGAUAUUGUCGGCUGAGCUGACGGCUGAUGGCUCAUUUCGGGAAAGCUGGCAUCAGGCACAGAGGUGCAACAUCACAGCGCCAGAACUCAAUGCGUACCACAAGACUGCAUUGGCCUUCUACAUGACCUGGAACAGUACCUUCACCAGAAUUUUCCACACAGAUACUAAGGCCCUUGGGCCUGACACCUCUGUUUACACGCGGUACUUCCCUUACAAGUCCCUGCAUUUCCUGCUGACCAAUGCUAUGCAAGUCCUGAGGUCCAGACAGCGGGGGCGCUGUCGCACCGUGUACAGCCAGAACAUGCCGCAAAGGCUACGGGUGAAUCGAGGGUCAACGGUCCGGCUCGGCCAAUUUCUCCAGGCCUCAACCAAGCUUCGAUCACGUGAUGGUCUGACCAUCAGGACCUGCUACGGGGUAGAGCUCCCGCCCUCCAACUGCAGAUCGGCGUGGGGGAACUUCCUGGUGCCACCGUUCGAGCAGUUCAAGGUAGUGGCAGUGAAGAAGCAGCCCGAGGGAAGCCGCUUCUACCUGGAGUCCACCGGCACCUACAGCAAUCUGGAGUGCGCUUACUACCGGUUACCCAGGAACUACGAACUUUGAACUCUGCUAGUUUUCUUCAUUUGCAUUGUACCAGAGCUUGGAAUAAAAGAUAAAACAGACAACAUUGUGUAUUGCCAACACACACACAAAAAAUAAAAAACGUAAUAAUUUGACAGA